AUGGCCACGCUCAGCGAGUCCGCCGAAGCGACGACCGCCUUCGAGUUCGACGUCGAUGAUUACAACUUCAGAAGGAACCUCAUGGAGCACGGCAUCAGCCUGCCCGUGGACCAGAUCGGCAAGUACGAGCACGCCGACAAUGAUAACGCCGCCCACUUCUCGGCGACCACCUCGUUCCCGUCGGGCCUCACCCAGGACACGAUUCUGCACGCCGUCCGGAUGGCCGAACAUGGCGCCCCCUCCUUCUACCAUAUGCCAGAGAUGAACCGGUUCCAGGUGCCCUGCGCGCCUCGGCUGGCCCCAGCUCCGUCGGAGUACGCGUUCGGCGAGUUGUCGGAGACGUGCUGCAUCGACGUGGCCGCGACCCCGUACACGACCAUGUGCACGGUCAAAGAGAUGGAUGAGCCAACCGUGACAGAAGGGGCCGACUUUUCCCUUAACGGCCCGGCAACCCCUACCAACUCGCGUUACGGGUCGACGGUUGGCAAGCACCUCACACCGAUGGCCAAGCGCCCAUUCUUUGCCGCUUCCGGCGGCGAUCGCUACGCUCGCACCAUCGACAGCCAGUACUGCAGCGAACUGCUCCAG